AUUAGCUGUCUUUUUCCCCCACCGUCACGCAUUCAGAAACAUCAUGAAACUUUCAAGACUGCAGAUUAUCGCUCUGGUUGUGCUCAUUGCUUGUGCCUCGGCUGCGCCUGUCCCAAGCCCACAGUACAUCACCGGAGCCCGGCCUGCCAAUGCGCAGCCUGCUGAUGUAAAGCCUGCUGAUGCAAAGCCCCAGAUUGCUCGGCUCACUAUUCAGCAGUGGUUCCAGCUCUUUGUCUGGCUCCAGCAGAAUGUCUAGGACCAGCCAGACACAGACCCUCUCUCAGCCCUAGCUAAUAUCUUCAUCUUGUUUUAUAGCCUGUACGAAUAAAAUCAUGACCAACUGCC